AUCCUGCUUGAUGAUAUAUUAAGAAAACUUGUGAACCGAAAAACAUUCUCGUCUCUUGUCGUCUCCCUUCCUCGUUGACUGGCCGUUUGCCUGAAGACUUACCGCCGUUCGCUUUUGUAAUUUUCAGUCGUCUUCCUUUCUAGUUGCCGUUGGUUUGUCUUGUAUCGUCGACGCUUCAGACCUCUUCAUUUGUCAUCGCGUAAGCAGACUAUAGAGACAUUACAUAUGGAAUCUUGAGAUUGAGGCACAAGUAAGGAAAACGUGGGAUCUAAAAUCUUCAGAACGCACUAUUUACUUUUUGAGUUUCAGAGGUUGUUGGGAAGGGUGAAGGCUCCCCAACCCAUAACUCAUAAUGGUUGAACUCCAUGAGAUUUCAGAAGGAUCUUCAUCUUCUUCAUCAACUCAUGGUCGUGGAUAUGACGUAUUUUUAAGUUUCAGAGGUGUUGACACUCGUAAUAGUUUCACUAAUCACCUUUAUAAUGCUCUCAUGCAUGCCAACAUCACUACCUUCUUAGAUGAUGAAGAGAUUGAAACAGGGGAAGAUCUGAAACCAGAAUUGGAGAGUGCAAUUAAAUUAUCCAAGGCUUCUGUUGUUGUGUUGUCCAGGAACUAUGCUACUUCCACAUGGUGUCUUGAUGAACUGGUGCUGAUCCUUGAGCAACGUAGGACAUCCAAACAUCUUGUAAUUCCCAUCUUUUAUCAUGUGGAGCCCACCCAUGUCAGGAAACAACAAAGUAGCUUUGGAGAUGCAAUGGAUAAGCAUAGACAAAAGAUGGAGGCAGAGAUAGAUGAAAAUAAAAAAAUUCAAUGGGCUCAAAAGAUGGACAGAUGGAAUAAGGCACUUAUAGAAGUUGCUGAUUUAAAAGGGAAAGAUGCCAAUGGCAGGAUAGAGGUGGAGCUUAUUGAUGAAAUUGUCAACGACAUCUUCCGUAAAUUACGAAUACCCUCAAGGUUUCCACUGCCACAACUUAUUGGGAUGGGCAAUUCCAUUGAAUUCGUCACUUCAUGGUUGAAAGAUGCAUCUUCACAUACAACAAAUCUACUCACUAUAUUGGGUCUGGGUGGGAUGGGGAAGACGUCUUUAGCCAAAUAUGUCUAUGCAUUACAUUUUCAUGAAUUUGACACAAGCAGUUUCAUUGAAAAUAUCACUGGGAGAUGUGAUGAAAAAUAUAAUGGGAUUCUUGAUGUACAAAAACAACUCUAUAAUGACAUUUUAAAACGAAGUUCAGUUCAAGUUCAUGAGGUUUCUACAUACACAUCAAUGAUAGAGAAUGCAGUAGCUCAUAAAAAAGUGUUUCUAGUUCUAGAUGAUAUUGGUAGUCUUGACCAAUUAGAUGCAUUACUUGGAAGCAAAGGUUUUCAUCCUGGAACCAAAAUCAUGAUAACAACAAAAAAUGCAUGGUUGACCAAGAGUUGUGCACUUUUCAAAAGGAACAUUAAACCCAAGUAUGUGGAGCACAAGCUUGAAGGCUUAUCUAUGAUUGAAUCAAAAAAACUGUUGUCUUAUCAUGCAUUUAUGUGCAAUGAUCCCAAGGUAGGUUAUGAAGAGGUGUCAGAAAAGCUAGUAGAGUAUUGUGAAGGACAUCCAAUGGCUCUUAAAGUUUUGGGUAGGUCUCUACACAAUCGUGAUGUAACUUAUUGGGAGGGGUACAUAGAUGAACUAAAGAAAGAAAACAUUCCCCCUAUAAGUAAUGCAUUGAGAAUGAGCUUUGACUCUUUGCCAUUAAAAAUGAUAAGGACUUGUUUAAGCAUAUCGCUUGUUUUUUUGUUGGAAUGGAUAAAGAUAUUGCCGAAACAAUAUUAAAGGCAUGUGAUAUAGAGACCAGAUCCGGGAUCACAAAUCUUAUUGACAGAUGUCUUCUUAGUCACAGACAGAAUAAUGAAUUGAUGAUGCAUCAGUUGGUUCAAGAGAUGGGAAGAUUCUUAAUACGUGAAGAAUCACCUGAUAAGCCUGGGGAACGAAGUAGAUUAUGGUGUCAUGAGGAGACAUUCAAAGUGUUGAAACAAAAAAAGGGUACAGAAAAUGUUCUUGGCCUCACCCUUGACAUGAGAAUGCUUGUGAAAGAGAAGUUAGAUGGAUCACUUGAGUUGAAAACAGAUGCAUUGAGUAAGAUGGAUAGACUGAUGCUUCUACAACUCAAUUAUGUGCAAAUAACUGGCUCUUACAAGAAUUUUCCAGAAGAAUUAAGAUGGUUGUGUAUGCAUGGGUUCCCUUUGAAGUUUAUACCAUCGGACUUGCCAAUGGAGAAUUUGGUUGUUCUUGACCUGUCGUAUAGCAAUAUUGAAUCGUUUGGCAUUUGUUGUAGCUAUCCACAACGACUUCAUAGGAGGCUAACGCAAUGGAUUGGAUCGUUCUCAAAAGACAAAUGGUUGCUUGGAUCAUUGAAGAUUCUUAAUUUAAGUUCCUGUGAACAACUUCGUAGUCUUGGUGGCUUUGACCACCUCCCUGUACUUGAGAAGUUAAUACUUAGAGGUUGCAUUGGUUUGUUUGAUGUUUGUGAAUCAAUUGAGCAAUGUGUUGAACUUUUUUUCGUUGAUCUGAGCUACUGCAGCAAGCUUCAAAAACUUCCAAGAAGCUUAGGCAUGCUAAAAAAAGUUAAAACACUAUUGCUAGUUGGUUGUAAUCUUGGUGAAUCUCGAAUUGGGAUUGUAGAUAUACACACAUCAACCUGUUCAUCUGUCGUUCCAUCUACCGUUGUGGAGGCUAUACCAAAUUAUUCAAAGUUCUUUACAAUCUAUUUACCGACAUCUUUAGUUAGCUUGUCACUUGCUAAUAAUAAUUUGUCAACCGAAUCCUUUCCCAUGGACUUUAGUUGCCUGUCAAUGUUAAAGGAUUAUAUCUAGAUGAAAAUCCUAUUGUUUCCCUCCCCAGUUGUGUGAGAAGUCUUCCUAGGCUUGAGACACUUAGUAUGAGAUUUUGUAAAAAGCUGACUACAGUCGAACAUCCUCCACAUACACUCACACAUUUGAACCUCUAUUCUGAUAAGCCUAUGCUGCAAAAACUUGUACUUGAUCAAGAAAGUUCCCCACUUCAGCUCUGGAUACAAUGGGAUAGGCUACCACCUUCACCUUUUGAGCUUCAAGGCAUGGUGAAAAUCGAACCAAUGGCAGGUGUUGAGGAAAAGGUAUUACGUAGUUUGGGCUGGACUAAGCCAGAUAUCCUUAACAAAAAGCGUGUGGGAACUGCGACAAUCUUCGGAGAAAAGGAAGAAUUUGAAAUCCAGAUGUAUUAUGAAUUUGGAAUAUUCAGCACACUUUAUGAAGGCGAAGAGUUGCCGAGUUGGAUUAUGGAUAGAAGCACACGGUCAUCAAUAUCAUUUACAAUCCCAUCAUCUCCUAACACAUUUAGAGGAUUGAAUUUCUGCUGUGUGCUGACAUCUCGAUUUGCUCUGGAUAAGGGUCUUGGUUCUGUAGGAAAUGUGUUCAUUUAUAUUCCAGUGAUCAUAAUUAGUAAUAUUACAAAGAACCUCACUUGGAUAUACCACCAUUAUAUUGACGUAGUCUAUCUGGGUGGAAUGUAUUUGACGUUCUCAAACCAUUGGAUGUUUGGGAUGAAUGAGAUGGAAUGUGGUGACCAUGUUACUAUUACACUGAAUGAGAGUCAAUAUGAUGAUGGUGAUGCAGUUAUUAAGGAGUGUGGGGUGAGUUUUGUGUAUGAUGAUGGAGAAGAAGAAGAAGAUGAAGAUGUGUUGGGUUAUUACAAGUCAUGGAAUCAUAUCAUCGGUGGAGAUCUCACUCCAUUUGAGCCAACAACAGGAGUAUACUUCCUAUGCAAAAGAAGAUUUUGCAAUUCUUUCUUUAAUAUGGUUUCAUUAGGAUAUGAUUAUCAGUUAGGAGAAGGCACCAAUUGCAAAGAUGAUCGACUGUACUUCAAAGCUUUAUCACAAAGGAAGUCUGGAUUACCAGAGAAUGCCACAUAAGAAUGCAGGCAGCACCAUGAAAACCAUUGCUGUUGAGUUUGUACGCAUUGAAGACCAGACCUCUAUAUUAAACAUUCAGCACUGAGUAUCUGGAUAUAUCUGUAUAUAAUAAUUUGUUUAUAAAUAAAUUCUUAGCUACUAAGCAAAAACCUCAAGGAGCAAAUAAAGAGAAGACAUGACUUAA